AUUUCUGCAUGUCCAAAAUUUCAGAACACAGCUAUAUAUUGACUUCUGCUUUGCAUCACUUGUAGUCAAAUGAGUUCAUCUUGUAUUAAAACUAAGGGAGAGGAAGAAACAACAGCAGACAGUGUUCAAAUUGACUCUGGAGCUGGUUACAUAGACGGUGCUUUAGCUGGUGACGACACACCAGUUAACCGGAAUGAUGCUCACAGUAUUCAGUUGGAGAUAGACUCUUCUGGCGAGAAAGAAAAUGAUAAGAAUAAUGUCACUACACUAGAAAAGGUGUCACAAAAUGAAAGCAGUGAGCCACCUGUGCUAUCAAAGUCUGCUCUGAAACGAAAAAUGAAGAAGGAUUUAUGGGAGCUGAGGAAAAAAGAGAAAAGGGUUCUAGAAAGAGAGAAAAGAAAGAAAAGAAAGCUUGAUCCAGCCCAUCGUUUGAAUACAGUUACUCGAAAACAACUAAAAAAUGCAACAAUGGCUAACAGUAACUGCAAAGUGAUCAUAGCAAUUGACCUAUCAUUUGACAAUUAUAUGGAUGAAAGGAGCCUUGCAAAGUGUGUGAAGCAAAUUAGUCGUUGCUAUAGCAUUAACCGUAGGGCUACCAAUCCUGUUCAAUUCCAUGUAACUAGUUUGGAUGGUGCUAGUUUAAUGGAAAUGAGCAAGAACUCAGGCUAUGAAAACUGGGAUGUUAACUUGCAUAAAAAGCAUUUUACAGAAAUUUUCAGUAAGGAAAACAUUGUGUAUCUCACCUCUGAAUCUGACAAUGUUAUAGAAAAUCUUAAGGAUGAUCAUGCUUAUAUAAUUGGAGGACUAGUUGAUCAUAAUUCCCAUAAGGGUCUUUGUCACAAGCUGGCAGAAGAGAAAGGUCUGUCUCAUGGCCGUCUUCCAAUCGGUGAAAAUAUUGACAUGAAGACGAGGAAAGUUUUGACAAUCGACCACGUGUUUAAUAUAAUGGUCAACAUCUGUAAUGGGCAGAGCUGGAAGGAAGCAUUACUUGAGAUCUUGCCAGCUAGAAAAGGAGCCCAAGAAAAGCCAGUUGAUGAUGAGAACACAAUUACUGAUGAAGACAGGAUUGUUGAUAAAUUUUCAGUGGCUGACGAAGAAAAUGCAGUAGCCGACGAAGAUGCAGUGGCCGACGAAGAUGCAGUGGCCGACGAAGAUGCGGUGGCUGACGAAGAUGCGGUGGCUGACGAAGAUGCAGUGGCUGGGGAAGAUGCAGUGGCUCACAAAGAUGCAGUUCAUUGACAAAUUUUAUUCCAUAAAGCAAAACGUACCUUGGUGUAGUUUCUGCUUUGUUGUUUAAUAAGUCGUCUCAGUUACUGUAUCAGUCACUGUUCUUGACAUUUCGUUAUGCAUGAAAUGUUAAGAAAAUUGAAUUUGUAUGAAAGAUUUUUUUGGGAAUUAAUCUUUUUAUUAUUUAUGCCAUGUAAAUCAUGUUGGCAGAUUAAAUCAUUCAUAUUCA